CCAUUUUAAACAUCGAUCACUACAUUGUCCAAUUAUCUAUCUUUCUUACAUUGUUUGUCUUUGUUUUUCAAGUUCCAAUCUUGUAUCUUAGGUUCACUCAUACCACUCUUCUUCAAAAGUUACCUACCAUGUUUUCACAUUACCGUUCAAAAUGCAGAGAAGUUACCACCACCAUGUUCUUCUUUUUACCACUCAUCUCUUCCCUUUUCUUCACCUCUUCCACCGCUUGCUCUAACGGCAAUUGUCAGGUUUUGGAAGCAUGUUCUGCUGCUACGGAUUGUGGGUCGGGUCUUUUUUGUGGUAAUUGUCCUGCUUCGGGUUUGAACCAACCCAUCUGCACUAGAGGGCAGCCUAUACUUCCUACAUCCACUGUGAGUGGAUUGCCCUUUAACAAGUAUUCAUGGAUAGUGACUCAUAAUGCCUUCAGCAUUGUGGAUUCGCCGCCUUUGCCUGGUGUUCAGAGACUAACGUUUUAUAAUCAAGAAGACAGUGUAACUAAUCAGUUGAGGAAUGGAGUGCGAGGACUAAUGCUGGAUAUGUAUGACUUUGAAAAUGAUAUCUGGCUCUGUCAUUCGUUUCAAGGGAAAUGCUUUAACUUCACUGCCUUUCAACUUGCAAUCAAUACAUUGAAAGAAGUGGAAGCAUUCUUGACACAAAAUCCAACCGAGAUUGUUACCAUCAUAAUUGAAGAUUAUGUGCAUACUCCAAAGGGGUUGACUAAUCUGUUCACACGUGCUGGACUCGAUAAAUAUUGGUUUCCCGUGUCCAAGAUGCCAAAAAAGGGUGAUGAUUGGCCCACUGUAACCGAGAUGGUUCAAGCGAAUCACCGACUUAUUGUUUUCACUUCUGAUGCUUCAAAGGAAGCUGCAGAAGGAAUUGCUUAUCAAUGGAAGCACAUGGUUGAAAAUGAGUGUAAGCAAGCACAAUAUCAUUUCCACGUGUACAUAUAUAUAUAUCGUACAUACAUGAUUUGUAAUCAAAACCUCAUAAUUCACUUGCUUUCAGCUGGAGACCCUGGAGUUCAAAAAGGUUCUUGUCCACAUAGGAAAGAAUCAAAGGCAUUAAAUUCUAAAAGUUCAUCGCUUUUCUUGAUGAAUUACUUUCCAACAUAUCCAGUUCAAGCUGACUCGUGCAAAGAGCAUUCUGCUCCACUUGCUGAGAUGGUGAAUACAUGUUAUAAAGCUGCAGGAAAUGUGGUGCCUAACUUCAUAGCUGUUAACUUUUACAUGAGGAGUGAUGGAGGUGGUGUUUUUGAUAUCGUGGAUAAAAUGAACGGCCACUCAGUGUGUGGAUGUAGUACAAUUGCUGCUUGCCAGGCAGGUGCAUCUUUUGGUUCUUGCAAGAAUAUUUCUGUACCUAGUACCAGUCCGGUGAGUAGCACUGGUGGUAGUGGAAGCUUUACUGGAUCUGUUCAGUUCUCUAAAUCUGCUUCGCCCAUCCAUUAUCCGAAUUCCGCACUUGUCUUGUUUUACAUCAUGCUUAUUGCAGUCUCGUUGAAACUGUGAUCACUAAACAUUAUCAUAUACCUUAUGCAAACUAGUCUUGAAAAGCUAUAUCGUCUUUUCAUGUACACUACCAUAUUACCUCGAGCUGUGAAAUUCAUGGAACUGUUGCUAGGUUAGGAAAUUAGAUAAACUUUUGUUUAUGCUUAGGCUAUAUUCAAGGAUAUUUGAUGUAGAUUGUAAUCAAGAGAGAUUGAGCGUUUAUCUGGAGCUAUAAUCAUUUCAGGUAUGUUAUAUUCUUUGGCUGUAGAAAUCAAAUUCUAGAUUACAACUAUUGGAUGGUUAAACUUUCA